ACAAAUCACAAGUCUCCUUCCUCUCCCCCCGGGAGCCACUGCCACAAACUCCAUCAUUCCCUUUCCGAUUGUAUCCACAAACUGAUUGCGUCCUUUAGGCGUUCGAGUCCAGGAUUCGCAAUGGGAAGGUCGCUUCUCUUCUCUGCAAACAUCUCUCUCAAAUCUUCUUGUCACUUGCCCAGGUGCUCGUUACCCUCCUUCAACCGCUCGUACCAAAGCGUUCCUUUCUCAUUCAAGGGCAAUUCUCACAAUGGGUUCCCGAGACUUCCCCCCAUUCACGCCAAGCCUGCCCGGAAUCUGUCCACAACGAAGGCAGUGCUAUCAGAGCUUCCUUACCAGAGCCGGUACCCGAAAAUUGGAGCUUCAUCUACCGGACCCAUUCCGCUGAACCAGCUCAUUCAAGUCGUUGAGACUGCCGCCAAGACUGGAGCCGAGGUGGUGAUGGAAGCAGUUAAUAAGCCCCGGAAUAUCACUUAUAAAGGGCUUACUGACCUAGUCACCGAGUAAGGACCCCACUAACGGCUUAUUU